UCUUACAUAGUAAAGAGUUUAAAAAAAUGGGUUCAAAAGUUGUUGUCCUCGGCCUAUCUUUGGCCGUGUUUCUCAUGAUAGCUUCUGAGGUUAUGGCGAAGGAAUUGACCAAGACUACUGCUGAUACAGCGACGAAAGCUGGGAAAGAUAAUGGGGUUGUCAGAGAUGACAAGAACUAUAGUGGAGGAAGAUAUGGCCGCAGAGGACUGGGGGGUAGCGCAUAUGGCGACGGAGGAGAUGAAGGUGGCAAAAAUGGCCACAAAGGAGAUGUUGGUGACAAAAAUGACCAGGGAAGACGUGAAGAUGGAAAAAACGACCACAAAGAUCAUGAUGGUGACAAAAAUGACCAUAGAAGACGUGAAGAUGGCAAAAACGAUCACAAAGGCCGUGAUGGUCACAAAGAUGACCAAGGAAAAUGUGAUGAUGGCAAAAAUGGUCACAGGGGACAUGAUGACGACAAAAAUGACCAUGGAAGACAUGAAGAUGGCAAAAAUAACCACAAAGGCCGUGAUGGUCACAAAGAUGACCAAGGAAGAUGUGAAGAUGGCAAAAAUGGCCACAAAGGCUAUGAUGGUGACAAAAAUGACCAUGAAAGACGUGAAGAUGACAAAAACGACCACAAAGGCCGUGAUGGACACAAAGAUGACCAAGGAAGAUGUGAAGAUGGCAAAAAUGGCCACAGAGGCCAUGAUGGUGACAAAAAUGACGACCAUGGAAGACGUGAAGAUGACAAAAACAACCACAAAGAGCGUGAUGGACACAAAGAUGACCAAGGAAGAUGUGAAGAUGGCAAAAAUGGCCACAGAGGCCAUGAUGGUGACAAAAAUGACCAUGGAAGACGUGAAGAUGACAAAAACGACCACAAAGGCCGUGAUGGACACAAAGAUGACCAAGGAAGAUGUGAUGAUGGCAAAAAUAGCCACAAAGGCCAUGAUGGUGACAAAAAUGACCAUGGAAGACGUGAAGAUGACAAAAAUGGCCACAAAGAUCGUGAUGAUGAUAGAAAUGACUAUGGAAGACAUGAAAAUGACAAAAAUGACCACAAAGGUCGUGAUGGUGACAAACAUGACCACGGAAAACAGGGAAGUGGACGUGACAAUGGUGGGUAUGGCAACGUUGGAAGCGGCGAUGGCAGCUAUAGGCUGGGUGGAGAUUGCAAGAACGGCUGCUCAUACAAGGGGGAGAGCGUGGAUGCAACAAAGCCUUAAGCCUCACCACUAUAUACCGACUCCGUAUAAGCAUAUGAAUAUAGCGAAUUGGCAAUCUGUAAUAAUGCAUG